GUUCUCAUAAAACCUUUAUUAAUAAACAUGAGUUUUUACUUCUUUAAAAAAAAAAAAAAAAUCAGAUUUCCGUCGCUGGGCCCACAAUAGUCUUCGUCUUUCGUUUGUUUAAUUUGACCAAAGCUUUUUACAUCCAAUUCUCGUUUUUUGAUAUAAAAAGCCGUCGGGCUCUUCAAAAUUUUCAAAGAAAAAUCAGUUCACGUUUCUCUAACAACAACAGAGAAAAAAAAACACAUCUGUUCAUCCCACGUUAGAUUUUGUGCAUCCCACUACAAAUCUUUAGCAUACUUAUUACCAAACAAACAAGAAGAAGAAGAAGAAGAAAAUGGCAUCAUCAUCCUCUUUAGCCCUCCAUCCUUUUCAGCUUCAAAUUCCAUCCCACAGAUCAUCAUCAUCAUCAUCUUCUUCUUCUUCUUCUUCAUCAAGACAUUUACCGGGCAGCAAAUUCUUCAUUGUCAAACCAAUCAGAGCUUCGGUGUCCGAAAGACCAUCCAUCAGAAUAACACCCUCGCCUCCACCACCUCCGCCGACAACCACCACCACACAAGCGACCCGCGCGCCGGCGCCGACUAAGCCACCACUCAAACAAGUCCCCGGUGACUACGGCCUUCCCUUCAUCGGCGCCAUUAACGACAGGAAUGAUUAUUUCUACAACCAGGGAAAAGAAGAAUUCUUCAAAUCCAGGGUUCAGAAAUACCAAUCCACCGUGUUCCGAACCAACAUGCCACCCGGGCCAUUCCUUGCCUCCAACCCAAAAGUCAUCGUAUUGGGAGACGCAAAAAGCUUCCCUACUCUGUUCGACCUGAGUAAAGUCGAGAAGAAAGAUCUCUUCACCGGAACUUACAUGCCUAAUCUGGAAUUCACCGGCGGCCACCGCGUCCUCUCCUACCUGGAUCCAUCCGAACCCAAACAUUCCAAACUGAAAAAUCUCAUUUUUUUCCAGCUCUCAUCAUGCCGAGACAGAGUAAUCCCGGAGUUCAGCUUAAGCUACAAUGAACUAUUUGAGACUCUGGAGAAAGAUCUGGCCUCAAAAGGGAAAGCCCCAUUAGGGGAACCCAAUGAGCAGGCGGCAUUCAAUUUCCUGGGUCGGGCUUUCUACGGCGUCAACCCGGUAACAUCGAUGCUGGGUUCCGACGGCCCGAAAAUAAUCAACAAAUGGGUACUCUUCCAACUCCAUGGACUCCUCACAUUAGGCCUUCCAAAAGCAAUUGAAAACCCAAUGCUCCAUACUUUUCCCCUGCCUCCAUCCGCAAUAAAAAAAGACUACAAAAAACUGUUCGAUUUCAUCUACACCUAUUCAACUCCCGUCCUCGAUGAAGCCGAGAGAUUGGGAAUCGACCGGAGUGAAGCUGCCCAUAACCUUCUGUUUGCCACCUGCUUCAACACCUUUGGUGGGAUGAAGAUUUUCUUCCCUUCCAUGUUCAAAUGGAUUGGCCGGGCUGGCGGAAAGCUUCAUGCCCAAUUAGCCCAGGAAAUACGAUCCGUUCUGAAAUCCAACGGCGGGAGAGUUACCAUGAGAGCCAUGGAAAGCAUGCCGUUAACUAAGUCGGUGGUUUACGAAGCUCUGAGGAUCAACCCACCCGUUUCCUCUCAGUACGGCAAGGCAAAGAGGGACUUCAUCGUGGAAUCCCACGACGCGGCUUUCAAAAUCAGAGAAGGGGAGAUGCUUUAUGGGUACCAGCCGCUGGCGACGAGGGAUCCGAAGGUGUUUGAUCGGCCGGAGGAAUUUGUGCCGGACAGGUUCAUCGGUGAAGAAGGGGAGAAGUUGUUGAGGUACGUUUUGUGGUCUAAUGGGCCUGAAUCGGAAGCUCCGACCGUUCAUAACAAGCAGUGUGCCGGAAAGGAUUUCGUGGUGCUGGUUUCCCGGUUGUUGCUGGUGGAGUUUUUCCGGCGUUACGAUUCGUUCGAUAUCGAGGUUGGUAAGUCGCCGUUGGGUGAUUCUGUUACUAUGACGUCAUUGAAGCGAGCUAGCUUCUGAAACGAUGGCGUAUAUAGGGAUGUAUUGACAUAGUAGUCGUAGUAGUAGUAAGUAUAGCUAGUAUAGUCCGAUGAUCCGAUCUACUUAUUAUUCGUGUAAAUUUAUUGUUGAUUUUGCCUAUUAAUGUAUGGAGGAAAAAUAAUGCUACUUCAUCCACUAGUAAAUUUACUAGGUGGAAAUUGGAAUGAAUUAUUCUAAAGUUUGAAUUCCAUCUUCUACCAAAUAUAAUCACUUUUACAAGUUAUAGAGACAUAAACUAAACGGGCUUUUUCCAUGCAAAGGAAUGAAAGUUGGACUAGUACUUGUAGAUUAUCAUUUUUUUUUUUUAAC